AUGAGUGUGACCAAAAAUGUCGAGGUACUAUGUCGAAUUUGCAGUGAGGAAAACAACGGAACGAAUAUUUACGGAGAUGAAGGAAUACGUAAUAAAUUGGAAGCGAAAAUAAGAAGCUACUUGCACAUAGAGGUUUCAAAAGAUGAUCUGCUUCCAAAAACAGUAUGCAUUUCCUGCUCUGAAAAAUUAGAUGGACACCACGAGUUUGCCUUAAUGGCUUUAAAAGUACAAGACAAACUUUAUAGUCUCGUGAAUGGCCAUGAUUAUACAAGCUCAUCAAAGAAAAAAGAAGAAUAUUCGGAAGAUAGCAAUGAUGUUGAGGAAGAACAAGAGGAGGUGGAUGAUGAUGAGGAAGAUUGUGAUGAAGAGGAAAGCGAAGAUAAUGAAGAAGAGGAAGAGGCAGAUUGCAAUGAUAAUGGAGAAGACAAUGAAGAAAUGGAACAUGCAGGAAGUUUAUUACAUUCUAUUUUGACAAACGGUCGACAAUCAGAGAGUGCUGAAGGUUCAGAGUCCAUGGAGGUUAGAGUAGAUCCAAUGCUAUUCUUCUCUGGGCAAGAUGAUAACAGUGUGGAUGGAGAGGAAAGCACACAAACUAACAAAGAGCUGAAGGAUGGGAAGCCUUAUCAGUGUAGUGUUUGCCCACGAGGUUUCAACUCAGAGAUCAGCCUACAGAACCACUUGUGGAGCCACCUGUCUCGGAGAGUCUUGUCUGAUACGGACCUCAACUCUCGCCUAAGGAGUAAAGGUGGAGGCAAGGGCACUGUGUACUCGUCCAACGGUGUGCUCCACACCGUGGGAGGCCUCCCUGUGACUCACCCUCACCAGUGCCCCAUCUGUGGACGACUCAGCUCCACCAAGGGCAACCUCAAAGUACACCUAGAGACUCAUCGGCCCAAGGGCAAGUACGCCUGCGAUAUCUGUGGAAGGAUAUUUAAGACACAGUCUAACCUGUAUCGCCACAAAGAGUAUCAUGGAGGGGACCAGUUUACAUGUGAGGUUUGCGCUCGAGUGUACCCUACCAAGAGCACUCUGCGCGCGCACAGUAUUACUCACAGCGACCUGCGGCCUCACCAGUGUCCGCUGUGCGACAAGACAUUCAAACGUAAUCAGGAUCUCAAGUUUCACAUCAACCAACACACAGGCGCCAGACCAUACAAGUGUCCGUUUUGUCCCAAAGCUUUUGCAAGUUCUGGCAAUUGCUUCUCUCACCGCAAAAGAAUGCAUCCCGGGGAACUAGAGAGGUACAAGGAGAUGGCGAACGGCUACGUCCAGUAACUGUGAUAAAUACAGGUCAAAGUCUGCCAGUAAAGUCCGACCAACAUGUUGGUUGAAACCUUUUGGUUGAAAGGUUGGGUGGUUUUAUAUGAUACAGUUUUACCAUCUCAAAUGAAAAAAUAAAAUAUGGUUUGGCGUAUCACAGAGGAAAAUCUCCAACACAUAUAGAUUUAGUUAUUCUUUUGUAAGAGACCUAUCUUUUUUUACUUAUUGGGUGUUAUCCAUAGCGAAAGGUAGAACCACUAGGGCUUGGAAUGAUCACAUAGCUAUAACUCGAUGGAGGUUGGCAGGAUUUGAACCUGGUCUCUACGACGGAAAUCCAGUGCUCUAAUCAUUAUCCCAUUGCUCUAGAGGUGAGCACCUAGAAAAGAGGAUAAGGCUCAUACCAAUCACGAGAAAAAGGAGGAGAAGGCAUGUUAUGUUGUGUUUCUAUUAGGGCUAUACUCAAACAACGCUAUCUUUAUUCUAAAAUACCCCUGCCGCUGCAAACCUGCCGACUAAGUGAAUUUCCAUUUGUCUGAAUUGAUUUUCAAUCAAAUCUUUUUAAAUAACAUUAGGUUUAACGAGUUCCUAGGUUUGUUGCUACAAGGAAACUAAUAAAGUGUGUUUUUU